CACUUUCUGUUCGAACGGGCUGGCGAACGGUUUAGUUGAAAGCAGUUUCAAUUUGCUGCGUCGCUGCGUGUAAAUACAUUCGCCAGGGGAAUUUGCCGAUUAGUCGCUAUCGCAAUGGGCAACAUGGACGAUGACGGCGUCACCUUUGCGCAGAGCUACGAGAGCAUCGCUGCCAACAAAAAUGCAUCCACUCCAAUUAGCAAUGGACACAUUCCCAACCAAAACUUUGUGCCGCGAGAAAUGGCAAAGCAACAGCACGAGAAAGAGCUGAAUGAGGUGGAGCAAGAGGUGCAGCAAGACAGGGUGGAGGUGGAGGAGCAGCAGCAGUUGCUGCUGAACAAACAGCUCAAGUUUUCGGCGCCAGCCUACACCGAAAUUCGAACACGUUCUGGAGGCCUCCAUUUCAAGAGAACCAGCGAGGGCAGCUACCACCCGGCGACCAACGAGGGGCAUGCCACAAGUGAGGGCAAGCAGACGUGUGACGACGACAAGUUCAAGCCAAGUCAGGCGGAGCGCGUCCUGUCGGCGGAACGGGAGCACUACCAGAAGACAUCCUUCGAGGAUGUGCCCCUGCACACGGCCUGCCUCACCUAUCUGGGCUUCUAUCUGCUCAUGAUACUCGGCUACAUCAACCAGCUGCUCUUCGUGCCCAAGGUGGCCACGGAGAAGGCUCGCGAUGGAUACGUGACCCUCUACGAUGCCUUCGAGAGCUUCUACUCACGCUACGUUUAUCGGCGGGUGCGCGACUGCUGGAAUCGUCCCAUAUGCAGUGUGCCCGGCGACGAACUGGUCCUCAAGGAUCGCGUCACCGACGACUAUGGCUGGAGCUUCAGGUUCACUGGCACCGAGACGCGCUGCCUCAAUUUGGGCUCAUACAAUUACCUUGGCUUUGCCGCCGCCACUGGCGCCUGUGCCGACAACUCGGAGCAGCGUGCUCGGGAGAAAGGUCUGGCCUAUUGCAGCUCACGCUGUGAACUGGGCAACAGCCAGAUGCACAUCGAUCUGGAGAAGCUGACGGCCCGCUACUGCGGCGUCGAGGAUGCCAUUGUCUUUGGCAUGGGCUUCGCGACGAACGCUCUCAAUUUACCCUCGCUGCUGGGCCCCAAUUGUCUGGUUGUCAGCGAUGAGAAGAAUCACGCGUCCAUCAUUCUCGGCCUGCGUCUGUCGGGCGCCACAACCCGAGUGUUCAAGCACAACAACAUGCGGGAUUUAGACCGUGUGCUGCGCACUGGCGUCUGCUAUGGCAAUCCGAAGAACGGCGGCAAGCCUUGGAGGAAGAUCAUGAUCCUCGUCGAGGGCAUCUUCAGCAUGGAGGGCUCCAUUGUUCGCCUGCCCGAGAUAAUUGCUUUGAAGAAGAAAUACAAGGCGUAUGUCUAUCUGGACGAGGCUCACAGCAUUGGCUCCAUGGGUCCCACAGGACGUGGCGUUGUCGAGUACUUUGGCAUCGAUCCCAAGGAUGUUGAUAUUCUAAUGGGCACCUUUACCAAAAGCUUCGGCAGCGCCGGUGGCUAUAUAGCGGGCUCUAAGAAACUGAUUGACUUUUUGCGCACGAAUAGCCACGCCCAUUGCUAUGCCAGCUCCAUAUCGCCGCCUAUCGUGCAACAGAUAUACACAUCGAUGAGCAUCAUAAUGGGCGAGGAUGGCACCGACACGGGUCGCAACAAGGUACAGCAGCUGGCCAGGAAUACCCGCUAUUUCCGCAAGCGUUUGGCCCAGAUGGGCGUCAUUACCUAUGGCCAUGAGGAUUCGCCUGUGGUGCCCAUGCUCGUCUAUCUCUUCUCUAAAAUUGGUGCCGUCAUUCGAACUUUGACCACGCGUCAUAUUGCCGUUGUGGGCGCCGGUUUCCCGGCCACGCCCAUCAUGGAGGGUCGCAUCCGUUUCUGUUUGUCGGCAGCACACACCAAGGAUCAGCUGGACUAUGCGCUGGACGUCAUCGACGAUGUGAGCGAGAACUUGGGCCUUAAGUAUUCGCGCAAGCCUCGCGAUCCCAAUCCCAUUGAGUACUAGACUCUAAACACACACAAAACCAACCACACACAUUUAAAACUUUAAGUAUAAAGUUGUCCUCAGCUGUUAAGAGCAGCCCAGCACAAAACUGAGCUUUGAGUCGCCAAUUCCUGAAAUAGAGUGGUUAAUCAUGAUAAAUUGGCCAUGUUGUUGCGUUCAUUUUUUGACUAAUCCCCAAGGGACUCGGCCUGAACUUCAACUGAAAAUGAAAACAGCGCGACUGCAACAUGCUGCAUAGCUUUAUCAUAAAAAUAAAAAUAAUAAUUAUAAUAAUAAUACUAUUGAUAGCUAUUUUGUAUUUAGCAUUUAACUCUUCUUCGUAGUUGCUAUAUUGUAAAUUGUAAUCUUUCCAAAGUCUUCAGCUGACUUAUACACACUAUAUGGUUUAAUGUACAAUGAAAUGGAAAAUGUAUUAUGUUCGUCAGGUUUUUCGAUUAUAAAAUCACGUAAACUAAACUAAGCUAGGCAGAUCGAACAACUUCAACAUUUUUGUUCCUUGCACUUCGCUUUCCAAAUAAACAAAUUAUAAAUAAAAUAAACUUGCUAAUGUGAAAUGUCAAACGAAAUAAACUGCUAAAUGCCAAACCAUAAA